AGUGUCAGCCAGUACCAUCUCCAGCAGAGACUGAGUUGCCGAGGGAAGAGGAGAGAGCAGAAGUCCUAGCCUUGCAUCCCUCCAUGGGGCCGGCCAAGCUCCUGAGAGGAUGGCGGCCGGGGCAAUGGAGCCAGCACCGGGGCAGCCUGUGAGCCCAGCACAGGGUGAAGUCCCAGAGCUCGAAUGGCCAACAUCACAAUCCUGAACACCUCAGAAGUCGAGGUCUCGGCGGGGCUGAUCCUGGCGGCUAUCCUGGAGGCGGCAGCACUGCUGGGCAACGGCGCGCUGCUGGUCGUGGUGCUGCGCACCCCAGGACUGCGUGACGCGCUCUAUCUGAUGCACCUGUGCAUCGUGGACCUGGUGGCGGCCUCCUCCAUCAUGCCGCUGGGCCUGCUGGCCGCGCCCCCGCUCGGGCUGGGCCGUGUGCACCUGGGCCCCGCGCCGUGCCGCGCCCUGCUGGCCUUCGCGCUCCCGGCCUUCCUGCUGCUCGGCGCCUACGGCGGCAUCUUCCUCGUGGCGCGCCGCGCGGCCCUGCGGCCCCCUAGGCCCGCGCGCGGCUCCCGGCUGCGCUCCGACUCUCUGGAUAGCCGCCUCUCCAUCUUGCAACCCCUUCGACCUCGCCUGCCUGGGGGCAAAGCAGCCCUGGCCCCGGCCCUGGCCGUGGGCCAGUUCGCAGCCUGCUGGCUGCCAUAUGGCUGUGCGUGCCUGGCGCCCGCCGCGCAGGCCGCAGUGGCUGAGGCGCCCGUCACCUGGGUGGCCUACUCGGCCUUCGCCAUUCACCCCUUCCUGUAUGGCCUACUGCAGCGCCCCGUCCGUCGGGCACUGGGCCGCCUCGCCCGCCGGGCUCUGCCCCAGCCCCCGCGUGCCUGUACUCCUCUGGCCUGGCACCUGCCCUCGUUUCUGCAGCACCUCCAAGGACCUUCAUUGGGCCCUGCCCUAGGCCCUUCUGAGGCACCAGAACAAGCCCCAGAUUUGCCAGGAGGGGAGAACCUGAGCAUGCCAGGGGCCACCUGAAAGGAGAUCUGUCUUCCAUACUGAGCUAGGACUGGAGAAAGAUGGUGGUAUCAGAAGGAGCCCAUCCAACCUCCUGCCCAGUUCCUGGCAGGUGCCCUGCCUGGAUUUGUGGCUCUGGAACAGGGAAAAGGAAGCCUGCAGCCUGGUAAUGCCAAGCGGCUUCUGGGAGCUAGGAAUCCUGGGUUCUGAGCCUGACUCUGCCUAGCUUUGUAUACAGACCUACCCUUCCCUAGGCCUGUUUUCCCAUUUGUAUCCUGGACCAUCUCUGAGAGCUCCUCUGGCUUAGGUGGUUUGACACUCAUGGAUAGUCCCCAGGCCAAAGAUGGAGAGGAAGUGGGCAGGAUCGCAGAGAAGUGGGCUCUAAGGGCUUACAGCCAAAGGGAUGGACCAAGCAGGGCAAGGUCUAGGAAACAGCCACCGCAGGAGGAACCAGUGGAGAGAUACUCAGAAGGACUUCCCUGACAUCUGCACCAAGGAGAGGCUGGACAAAGCUACUGGAACUCCUCUACCAGUUUCUAAAGUGCCCAGAGAGCAACUGGAUCCGUGUGGUGCCAGAGGCAGGAGGCUGGACAAUAUAACCCCAAAGGGCCCUGAAGCCCCAGGACUGGCAUGUGGAAGGGGCCAAAGCCCAAUGGAGACUGGUAGAUUCACAGAUGGGGUCCUCCGGGACCUUGUCCACACCCGUUUUCUAGAGGCUUUGCCAACACCCACAAUGUUUCACAGCUUCCUGGUCUCUGAGAAUAUUUAUUCAAAAACAGGGAUUGAAAAAACUGUA